AUGAAUCCACAGGCAGUUUGGGGAUACAUUUGCCUGUUUUACUCUUCCUUUGUGACCACAGCAAAAGGGAACCUGCAGCCGCUUUCCUUCCAGCCUGGGACCCUGUAUCAGUACCGCUAUACCCUGAAUGUCCAGCUGGACCACACGUCCAUGCCAGGAGCCUGGUUGCAGGCUGAGGCAUUGGUCCAGCUUCAUCAGCUCUGGAGGGAUGGAGGCGGGGAAGAGCUGCUCCAGGUGCAGAUCCAAAACCUGAAAGCCCAACAGGAGCCAGAAGAGAAAAGGAGCCAGGACAGCACUGGAGGCCCUCCUGCAGAGAUUGCCCUGAGCCAGGAGGCACAGGCAGAGCUCCAGCAGCCCAUGUUCAUCUCCUGGAGCAGUGGGAAGGUCAAAGCCUUGUAUGGGGAUGAAGCAGAAAGCAUCCUGAUCUCCAACUUCAAGCGAGGCAUUGUCAGCCUGCUCCAGCUCCAGCCCCACGCUGGCACCACAGUGGAGGAGGAUGUCUCUGGGAGCUGCCAAGUCACAUACACUGUGUCCAACCACUCCAUAACAAAGACAAAAGAUCUCUUCAGCUGCACAAAGCCUGAGUCUGGAUUCACCUCUGUGAACAAAAUUUUUGGAGUCCAGUGGCAGUCCACUAGCAGAAGCCAGUACAUGGUGAAAGACAACCUCCUCCAAUCGGUGCUGGCAGAGGAAAGCCAUGUGCUGUCUCCAGCCCUGAGGUCCACCACCGGUGUCAAAAUCAUUUCAAGGCAGCAUCUCCAGCUCGUGUCUCCUCCCAUGCCUGGCCCAGCAGAAGUGGCUGGACAAAGCCUCGAGGAUGCGCUGGCUGGCAUGGAGGGACGGCACCAGCCCCUGGGCAUGGCCAGCCUGCCCUUCAAGAGGGUCUGCACCCACUGCCCAUCGCUGAGAGCCUACCUAAAGGCUUUCGACAGCCAGAGAGUCAAAACGGACACCUCGAAGGUGGCGACCACAUGGCAGUUCCAGCAAUUCGUCCAGAUGCUGCGCAGCACCAAGAAGAGAGACGUCCUGGAGCUGCUGAGGAGAGCGCCCGAGGAGAUGCUCCCCUUUGUCGUGGAGGCGGCGGUGGCCGGGCAGUCAGUGGCAUCCCUGGCAGCUCUCUCAGAUUUUCUGGAUUUCAGCAAGGAGCCCAAGUCCCUGCUGGAGAAGUUUCUCUACGCGGCAGCUUUCUCUCCCCGGCCUUCAGGAGAGCUUCUCCGCCUGGUGUUAGACAAGCUGGAUGGGAAGCAGCUGGCCCCCGAAAUUUGGCAGACAGGAAUAGUUGCCACGGGCUCUCUGGUCGGCAAGCUGUGCCAGCAGAAGCUGUGCAGGCUGCAGGAGGUGGAGCAUGGGGUCAAGACCAUCCUCAGGGGGCUGAGAGAUGCCACGGAGGAGGCUGAGGUGGUCAUUUACCUGCUGGCCCUGGGGAAUGCAGCGCUCCCUGAAACCAUCCCCACCCUCCUGGACCACGCUGAGGAGGGUCCUGCCACCAUCGCAGCUGCAGCCAUCUCUGCCCUGAGGCGAUUCCCCACUCAGCACAUCUCCAGUAAGGUGAAACGAGCAAUGAGGAGGAUUUUCCACGAGAAGGAGAAGAGCUACGACAAAACCUGUCGCCUGGCCGCUGCAGAAAUCCUUCUGGAUAAUGAUCCCUCGCCCAUGGAUGUCAUCAACAUCCUGCUGGCAACCAACCAGCUGGAGACUGAGAUGGCAACAUUUCUGCUGCUGAAGGUCCAGAGCAGCCUGCGUGCUGACCACCACCCAGCAAGGAAGAUAAUAAAAGACAUCAUGAGAGACCCACGAAUAAAUAAUUACAACUUCUUCUCGAAAGCUGGCAUCUCUUCAUCUUUCUCAGGACCUCUGACAGCCACCCAGGACCUGCUUUCCACCUUCGGGCUGGAUCUACUCUUUUUGGAGGGUGGUUUCCUGAGGAAAAGCGUCUCUGACUUCUCACUGCUCAGCCACGGCCAGCAGCUUUGCGCAGCUCAGGUCACUAUUGAAGCACAAGGGAUGGAGUCGAUGCUGGGAGAAAACGUCUCAGAAGAAGAGGAGCCAGAACUCAUGGCUGGGAUGUCUGCCAUCUUCUUUGAUGUUCAAUUGCGGCCGAUCGUCUUCUUCCGGGGAUAUACAGACUUAAUGGCCAAGGUCCUGUUAAGCAGUGGAGAGACCGCAAGUGUGGUCAAAGGGAACCUUCUGCUGAUGGACCACCACCAGGUCAUUCCUCUACAGUCUGGCUUCCAAGUGGUCAUCAAACUCCAGGGCGGGCUGGGGCUUGACAUUUCAGCCGACAUGGACAUGAGCAUUUGGGAGCAGGAACUGAAAACCAGCAUCAACACAAGGGGAAGUCUCACCAUUGAUUUCCAGGCAGAACUAGAUGCCCCUUUCCUCCAAGCCACUCUGAGAAGCCAGACAGAGGUGAAAACCUCAGUCCAGUUUGACACCAUGCUGAGGUUUUCCAGCAGCCCGGUGCUCAUGUGCCUGCAGCUGAGAGAGGAGCAGGUCCCGUACAGGGAAAUCUUAACUGUUUCCAAGUCUGCUGGGAGCCAGAGAAGCACUGCUCGAAAAGGCAGGCAGGGCACCGUGCCCGGGCAGGAGUUUGCCUUGCACCAGGCCAACUCCAAGGUCUGCAGCCUCCUGCUGACAGCAGAAGAAUAG